ACCAAGUAUGCACUUCUCGUCAUGCGCAAUCCCUUCACUCGGUGCCGUAUUCGUUGAAUGCCGAAAUAAAUAUGCCUAGAUACUCUCAGUGACGUGUCGAUGAAAAAAAGCGAACUAAUGCUGAUAUUCUUGCGACCAGUUUGCGCCUGUUGAACGAAAUCUAAUUACAAAGAUGAACAUUAACGCGAACAUGGGAACUGGCGGCGCUCGGCCACCCUUUGGUCGUAAAGUAAAAAGGGUUAGCGAUGUCAAUGCUAUGGGGUACAAUCAAGCACCAGCUUAUCCUUUCCCAAAUGGUGCUGGUUUGGAUCAACCACAGCCUACAUUUUCACAACCACCUCAACCAGAUUACAUGAAUCAGGGAAGUUAUAAUCAACCAAAUCAAGCAAAUCAACAGCCAAUGCCUGGUCAGCAAAUUCCUCCUGGAAAUUAUGAUCCGAAUGCUUUCAUGAAUCCAAAUGCAAUCUUUCAGCAGCCAAUUGUACAAAAUAUGGCUAUGCAAUAUACACAACAGAUGGCGUCUACCGGUGCGACGAUGAUGAAGAAAGAAAUGGAAAAAUACGUGCCAAUCUCCCGUCUGCAGUACUAUUUCGCCGUGGAUACAAAAUACGCGCUUACAAAACUAGGUUUACUCUUCUUCCCGUUCACACACAGCGAUUGGUCCAUUAAAUUCGAACAAGAUACUCCUGUGCAGCCGCGUUACGAAAUCAACGCGCCUGAUUUGUAUAUUCCAACAAUGGCGUACGUGACGUAUGUAGUCGUCGCUGGAUUGGUGCUCGGCAUGCAGAAUCGCUUCAGUCCGGAACAGUUCGGCAUCCAGAGUUCGUCUGCGCUCGCAUGGUGCCUGCUUGAGCUGGCGGUUUACUCCUGCACGUUGUACAUCGGUAACAUUCAAACAAGCCUGCGCACACUGGAUUUAUUAGCAUACAGCGGGUAUAAAUUUGUUGGGAUAAUCGUCAGUACUUUGAUGAGUAUUGUUGGAGGAACGGCGGCGUAUUAUGCCACGCUGGGUUAUUGCAGUUUGGCGCUUGCGUUUUAUCUUAUGCGCGUGUUACGCAGUCAGGUGUUGCCGGUGACGACGCACCAGACGAGUUAUUACGGUGAGACGGACAGCGGGUAUGGAAACAAGCGGAGAUUGUACUUUUUGUUGUUUGUUGCUGGCGCGCAGCCGGUGUUAUCAUGGUGGCUCUCUUUUCACUUGAUAAGGUACACUGCUCCCGCUCCAGUGCUACCGUAAAUUUAAGAUCAAUUACGAGAUAACGAAAUUAAAACGACAUGGAUUAGGAAAGAAAUUGUGUUUAAAUGGAAUUCAUUUGCAUUUGGAGAUCCGAUACAUCUGAAACUGGUUUAAUUCAUUAUUAUGUAUCUAAUUCUAGUUAGUAACGCGUGCGCUUUUGCUUCUAUUCACAAUAUUACUUGUAAAUAGUUAAUUUUGAUGGUGUAGAUCAAGUGACAAUGAUUUUUUUGGAUGAGAGGAUUGUUUUGUACUUCCAAAGGAACAAUUUACCAUACUUAUGCUAUACUGCUGCAGUUUGUUUUAAUUUAUCUCACAGAGUACGGAAAUCAUGGAUGCGAACGAUGAAUAAAUUAUAUUUUAAGUAUAA